AGCAACUCUCGCGAGAUUUAACGUUACCAUAUGUUACAGAUAUAUCCAUUGAUAAUGCUUUCAACAAGCGGUCUUCAAGUAUCGGUUUUAUCAAAAAUAAUAUAUGUAUUUUUUUCAAUAUGUUAGGCUCAACGUUACAAUAGUGUCGUUAUCAGUGGAGGAGUCAGGGUCGUUUAAACUCUUUUGCUAGCAUGCUGCAGUUAGCAUAGUUACAUGCUAAAGUUAGCUUCGUUUGGCAACGUGAACAUCUGAUCACUUCUUCUAGUGGAGUUUGUCUUAACAGUUAGCUUACAAUGAAGUGUCACUAUGAAAUGUUGAGCGUGAAACGAGACGCAGGAGACGAUGAUUUGAAGAAAGCAUAUCGUAAAUUAGCAUUAAAAUGGCAUCCAGAUAAAAACUUGGACAAUCCUGAGGAGGCGGCAGAGCAUUUUAAGCUGAUUCAGGCAGCUUAUGAUGUCCUAAGUGAUCCCCAGGAAAGAGCUUGGUAUGACAAUCACAGAGAGGCUCUUCUGAAAGGAGGAAUCAGUGGAGAUUAUGCAGAUGACAGCAUUGACCUCCUGCAGUAUUUCACUGUCACCUGCUACUCUGGCUUCGGAGAUGACGAGAAGGGUUUUUACACGGUCUACAAAAACCUCUUUGAGUCCAUUGUUAAGGAGGAGAUGGAGCACAGUAAGGUGGAAGAGGAUGAUGAUGAGGAAGAUUUUCCUCCUUUUGGAGACUCUGAGAGUGACUAUGAUACUGUCGUGCAUGUGUUUUACGGCUACUGGCAGAGCUUCUGCACUCGUAAAAACUUUGCCUGGAAGGAGGAGUAUGAUACAAGGCAGGCAUCCAACCGCUGGGAGAAAAGAGCUAUGGAGAAAGAUAACAAGAAGACAAGAGAGAAGUCUCGAAAAGAGCGCAACGAGCUUGUGCGGCAACUCGUGGCUUUUGUCCGCAAGCGUGACCGGCGUGUGCAAGCCCACAGAAAGCUGGUGGAGGAGCAGAACGCUGAGAAGAUCAAGAAGGCGGAGGAGCUGAGGAGGAAGCAGAAACUUAGCAAUGCCAAACUGGCAGAAGGCUACAAGGAGCAGAGCUGGGCAGCCAUGUCUGAACUUGAGAAGGAGCUGCAGCAGAUGGAGGCUCAAUAUGGAAAGGAGUUUGGAGAUGGAUCAGAAAGUGAGGAAGAAGAGUUGGAUAUUGACCAAGGGGAGAAGAACAGUGAUGAGGGAGAAGAUGCAGAACAGCCUAAUGGAGACGAGCUGACGAUGGAUGAUUAUUAUGCCAGUCUGUACUGCCCAGCCUGUGACAAAUCCUUCAAAUCAGAUAAAGCCAUGAAAAACCAUGAAAAAUCCAAAAAGCACCGGGAGAUGGUGGCAAUACUACGGCAACAGCUGGAGGAAGAGGAUGAGUCACUUGGUUUGAAUGUGAACGGAAAGGAGGAAACUAAGCUAGAAGAUGAGGAGGAGGAAGAGGAGGAGGAAGACAAGCCAAGACAAAGGCUCUCCAAGAAGCAAAAGAGGAAAAAGAAACAGCAGAAAGUAGCACAGAGUACUCCAGAGGAAGAGGAAGAGAAGCAAACACUGACAACCUGCGAGGAAGAAGCCCCUGAGAAGUCAGAGAACCCGACAGAGCCGGAGAAACAGGAUGAUACCACUUCCACAGAGCUGGAGAAACGGGAUGAUACCACUCCCACAGAUCCGGAGAAACAGGAGGAUCCGGCCCCCACAGAAGUGAAGAGCUCUGGGAAGACCAAAGGGAAGAAGGUGGGAGGAAAGGAGAAACCGAAGAAUGCAAAGUCUACCACAGAAGAAGAAAAUUGUCCUGAGAAGGAAGUUAUCCUCAACUGUGUGAUCUGCAACACUGAGUUCCCCACAAGGAACAAGUUGUUUGAUCAUCUGAAGACCAGCGGUCACGCCAUCGCGAUCUCCUCAAACGCUCCUCAAAGAUCAACAACCAAGAGUAAAAAAGACAAGAAGAAGAACAGAUAACACUUCAUGGACACAUGAACCUGAAAAAGGUUGGCUGCGGUUGACUAGUCAAAAAAUGAUGUCCUAUGUCUUUUCUUCACAACUUUUCCUUGCCCUCCAUGGAAAACGUCAUGAGUUAAAGGAAAGAUGUGAAGGGGAAUUUAGGAAAAGACUUCCAUGGUGCUAAGAGAAUUCAACUACACUUACACUUGGCUUUGUAUUUAAACAAGAGCUUUAAAAGUUGCUGCUACAAAAUUGUGGGAAUGCAUUCUCUCCUUUUUUUUCCUAAAGGAUUGUACAGUGUAUACAAUGUUAAAGGAGAUAAAAAUUAAAGUAUUUUCCAAGCAUUCGGAGAUUUCAACCAGCUCUUAUCAUGGCUGCCACUUAGAUCUGGAUCAUUUCACUCAGUUAGGAACUUUCCUCAGCAAAGAAGACUUUUCGACUGCAGCCAUUAACUCAGCGGCAUACUGGGAACUAAAGUUGGACUUUCAACGGGCUGGUUUGCUGAAUGAGAGCGGAUAUGUUUCUUAUUAAAAUACAUAAAAAACUGUUCUGGGAGACAGUUAUGUAUGUAUGAGCAACUGCGACUUACUAGUCUUUUAGGUUGGUGUGAAACGUGUACCUUUGUCAGUAAUUUAUAAACUUCUCUGUACAGACAAUGACAAAUGACAUGUAAUAAUAUUAUGAGUUUUGGCAAUUCUCUUGGUUUUUCAUAAAAUGCUGUGUAGUGGUAUUACAACAUCAUGAAAAUAAAAUACUGCACAUUGCUAUGCAUACAACAACUGAAAUGUUUUGCAUUAAAGCAUUUAGUAACCAUGUCAUGGAUGUACCAAACAUGCACUUUUUCAUAUGCCUCUUUUAUUAGUGAGAGAUAAAACAUUGCAAAAAAAGGUGGAAUUUAAAGGAAGAUCUAUUAGCAGAUAUGGGGUACAGUAUUCACAACUAUCUUAAGAUACAUGAUGAGAGGGUCAAUAGAUCCUGCCAGACCCUACACACUGUCCCUUUACGUCGAUAAGUAAAAGCACAAGUAGUUUCUACAUCAAACAUGAAAUAAUCGAUACAUUCCGAUUGCCUGCAAACAUAUAAAGUUGAUUAAAUAGAUCUAGACAGAGAUAAAUUAAGAACAACAGAGUUAUAUAAUGAUGCCCUCCAGUAAAGUUGUUUGCUCAUUGUUUGGAACAAUUAUGUCCUCGCUGUAAAAUAAAAACCUUUAGAUGAGACACCAGCCAGGGCGUCUUCAUGUCUAUAAUAAGCAUAUCCUAGUUGACUGUUAAAAUUCCCAGGACACAACAGCAGAUUAUUAACAUUUA